GCCGAGCUGACAUUGGAGCACCUCCUCACUAUUGUUCUCACGCUGUCAAAGGGUGGCCUAUUUUCCCACGAGUGUAUAUUGCACUCUAGUUAGCCGACUAGGACUUGUUUCUUAAUUAGAGUAGAUGCACAGUCUCAGGUAGUGUUUAUACUUGUAUUUCCUGAAAUUCUGUGACUUUCUGUGAGCUGUAGAAGAAGUUAGGGGAGAAAGUGUUCUGUUCUCCACCUGAGUGAGGGAUCAUGAAUGAAGCUGAGAUUUAUAUCUCACAGGGCCGCUAUGGAUAUACCAUUGGUGCCAACCUCAACCGUGACGAUCAUAUUCAUAGCUACUUAGACUCCCAGCAGCAGCAGCAUGUUGCCUGUGCUAACAUUAUCGCUGAAGAACUGAUUUAUCAGGCCACGGACAGCAAGUUCACGGAGGAUGGCUAUGUCAAGAUGAACAGAGAGACAGCCAGUCAAAAUGGCCGCAGAGGGGGGUACGAAAACCCUAUGGAUUUAUCACGAAGGACAGAGAUGAACGGACACGUUGGCCAUAGUUAUGAGCAAAGGGAUCAAAGUUAUAUAAAUCAUAAUUCAGUUUCUUCCUCAGUGAGUGUGGCCAUUCCGGACCAGUCCCAUGAAGCCUCGUCCUCGGCACACAUGAUACCAGGUAACCUCACACCGCCAGACAAGGUGAACGGAGAGAUGGUUCCCAUGGCAACAGCUAGUCCACUAAGUAUCAGUACCAUGGCAACCUCAAUCCAUACCCCUCCUAGUCCCCUGCCAACCCCCUCACCCCCAGUGCGGCACCCUGGGGACGGUGAGAGAGGGGACAUGAGGCACAUCAAUGGACAUUUCUCAGGCCAGAGGUUAAAUAGGGAAGCAAUGAAAAAAUAUUUGCGGGACCGUGGGGACCAGACCUUAGUGAUAUUACAUGCCAAAGUAGCUCAAAAAUCUUAUGGCAAUGAAAAAAGAUUUUUUUGCCCACCUCCAUGUAUCUACUUAUUUGGGAGUGGUUGGAAGAGGAAAAAGGAGCAGAUAGAGAAGGAGGGAGGCAGUGAGCAGGACUCCGCUGUUUGUGCCUUCAUGGGGAUAGGGAACUCCGACCAGGAGAUGGUGCAGUUAAACCUGGACGGAAAGCAUUACUGUGCAGCCAAAACCCUCUUCAUCUCGGACUCUGACAAGAGGAAGCACUUCAUGCUGACAGUCAAGAUGUUCUAUGGCAAUGGACAGGAUGUCGGAGUAUUCCACAGCAAAAGAAUCAAAGUCAUUUCUAAACCUUCAAAAAAGAAGCAAUCAUUAAAGAAUGCAGAUUUGUGCAUUGCAUCAGGGACAAAGGUAGCGUUGUUCAACAGGCUACGUUCUCAGACCGUCAGCACACGCUAUCUGCAUGUAGAGAACGGGAACUUUCACGCCAGCUCUACACAGUGGGGAGCAUUUACCAUUCACUUGUAUGUGAAGAAGGAAUGCUUUGUGUGGUCCCAGAUAUUAAGGAAUGCUUUGUGUGGUCCCAGAUAUUGUAUAUUAUUUGUAUUCCUUCUAGAUGUGAAGAAGGAAUGCUUUGUGUGGUCCCAGAUAUUGUAUAUUAUUUGUAUUCCUUCUAGAUGUGAAGAAGGAAUGCUUUGUGUGGUCCCAGAUAUCUCAGCAUUCAGGUCAGGAUGGAAGUAUGUCAGGCAACCCCUGCAGGUCCCAGUGUCGUUGGUACGUGAGGAUGGUGUAAUCUAUGCAACAGGACUGACUUUUACCUACACGCCAGAGCCCGGCCCGCGGCCGCAUUGUGCCGCCAUUGAUGAGACCAUGCGGCCAGGGGCCUCUGUAAUACAGACCACGGACUCUGUGCACGAGACACAACAUCAGCAAUACAGUAAUAGCAGCAGUACUGCUGUGUCCUAACAGUGGCAAUAUUGAGAAUGUUUACAUAGUGGCAAUGCCAGGAGGAGUUCAUGGUAUCAAUCACCUCAGUUUUUUUCCACUGAGUGCCUUCAUAAGGAACAGAUCGUGAUGGGGAAAUCAUUCAUGGAAAACAAAACAUAAAUGGCCAAAUCUUCUUUUAUACAGUUAGCCCAUGUGUACUUAUUUUUCUGUAUGUUUUUGUUUUUUGGUGCUUAAUUUCACAACGAGGAGUAACUGAUGUGGAUGUUUAGAGAGUGCACAUUCAGCUGAAAGGGAGAAAGUUGAAUUGACCAACCUGUUCAGGAGAGACAACAGUGCAGCAAUAUGCUGCUGUUUAAUUGACCAGCAGGGAAAACUCAGACACUGUCCACCAGGUUAAUGUUGCCAGAUAUAUUGCCCUGUCAAGAAGUUUUCUACAGCAAGUGCCCAGUGGGUCUGGACAAGUGAAAGUGAUGUAGAGACGCAUACAAGACAGCAGUAUUAUGGGAGGCAUUGCUCCAUGGCAGAUAUGGUAGUGUCAGUACAGCUGGGUUUAUGUGGCAAAUUCAAGUACAUUUUCUAUUAAACUGAAAUACAGCAAUGGUCCUGUAGCUUGGGGAGGAGCGAUGGAGAGAAAAUAUUUUUCAAAUUCUUGUCAGAAUUGUGCGUUUUGACAAUCUUGUAUUGGCUGGACUUGUAUGAUAUUCCAUUCUUAUUGUACCCUGGAUAUGACCAGUCAUGUAACCUGUGUCAAGUCGGUGUAUUUACACAUUAUGCAUAUUUUCUGUAUAAAGACAUGUACAUGUAUUUUCAUAGAAUGAAGUUGUUCUAUGCAGGCCUGGAUGCAUUAUUUAUUGUAAAGCCAACUGUUGUUAUACCCUAAGAAUGCAUUUGCACACACGCUCACUCACCCUUGCAUGCUCCAGUGCACACACGCAAACAUGCAUGGUCAGGCGCACACACUCGCAUUUGGAUCUGUAUCUUCACAUGCACAUACAAAUAUUAUCUCAUUUUUAUGAAAGACAUACUUAGGCCAGGAAGGACCAUACGCAAUACUUCUCUCUCAGUUUACACCAUAACCUGCAGGACAUCUUGGCUCUCCUUCAUUACUUUUCAGCCACUUUACAUUAAGUACUUAAAUCUAAUACAACAAAUGUGGCACAGAUCAUGUUAUCAGGCCACUGGUCACAGCACACAACCUUCUAGCUCCCAGCCUACCAUGAGAGGUAUUCUUAGCCAAACCAUUUCACUCAAUAUGCACUGGGAGCAAUGUGAUAGAGAGAUGCCUUAGUUAUAUUUUCAUACAUUACACAUGUAUUUAUAAAUGGAAAACUAAUGUUUUUACAGAGGCAAUGUUUUUUUCAUCAGCCCAGGCUUAUUCCAAGUAUCAUUUGUUACUGUCAAAUUUAAAGGUAUUUUGUCAGGGCAAAAUUGUGAAAGUGCUCUCAUGCAUGCCAAACAAAAUUUUCUGUCACAUUCGUUACGAUUUUCCUCGACAGCGUUUAUUUUGAGGUUUGUGUGAGAUUGCUAAAACACGAUCUCCUGAGCAUUUUGACUGUGCUUGAUAAAUGAAAGGUCCACAUCAUCUUUUUGUGUUAUAACCUUUAUACUGGUACUAAAAAAUGAAAACUGUCUUUAUGGGAAGCUACCUGGACCAAGUUCCUUCAUUCACACCUAGGUAACAUUUGAUGCUACAUGCCAUUCUGUUUCAUGUCCAAGCUACAGACAUCCACUUAAAUGUAUUUCAAUUCUGUCCCGUCAACACACUGUUGUUUUACCUGUGACCAAAAGGAUGUUGAUACUUAUACCAAAUAUCAUCUUGCUUGGAAGUUUUAGGUGUUGUGUCCCAGCGGUUUCCCAUAGAUUGCAGUGCAACCAUUGCUUUUAGUAGCUGACAUGUUUGUGCCAAGCCAUGCAUGCCUACUUAAAGCUAGGGAUAACUAUAUGCUCGUCAGGUUAUACUAAGUGUCAGAUUUUAUUCUAUAUUUUUAAGCCAACAUUUUAGAUCUCUAUGAACGUCAGCUGUAGGUGAAAUAUUUUGAGUGAAGCAACUUUUAAAUGAAGGAAUACAUUCCACUAUAGCUGCCAGUCAUAGUCUAUAAGAGCACCUUCACAGUAAUCUAUGGUGAUAGUUAGGACUGCAUUGGAUAUGUGUCAUUGUGCUAGUGGAGACUUCACUGGAUGUGUGUCAUUGUGCUAGUGGAGACUUCACUGGAUGUGUGGCAUUGUGUUAGUGGAGAUUUCACUGGAUGUGUGGCAUUGUGUUAGUGGAGACUUCACUGGCUGUGUGGCAUUGUGUUAGUGGAGAUUUCACUGGCUGUGUGGCAUUUUGGCAGUGGAGAUUUCACUGGAUAUGUUGCAUUGUGCUAGUGGAGACUUCACUGGCUCUGUGGUAUUGUGCUAGUGGAGACUUUACUGGCUGUGUAGCAUUGGCAUUGUGUAUAAGCACAAUUUAUGCCCUCUCCUUCAGUCAUUGUUAACUGGUGUUAUAGUAGAGUAUAAAAAAUCUUUUUGCCUAUUCAAAGGCAUUACCUUAUUAAAGACUUGCUGGACAAAGUUGUACCCAAAGAUGAUGUCAGUAGUUGUUUAAAGCAAGGCCAAGUUUUAUAUCAAUGCCUUGGAGUUGAAUUUUGCGCCAACUAAUUUUUUCAUGCCAUAUAAAGCCAUUCUUUUUAUGUAUUGUAUUUCAUAUGCAACUGUAUUAACUAAUUCAAGAAAUCCCACGUUCUGUUUGCUAUUAUGUUCUACUUAUAAUCCAUUAGCAGCUUUCUCUGUACUGACAUUAUACUUGCCUUGCCUGGUGGUCUUAAGUCAACUCAGUUUGGGUUAUGUUAUUCAUUCAUGUUAUAUGAAUAUUCCUAACUGUUAAGUGCCUUACCAAAAGUGAUUAUAAGUUAUUGACCAAAGUAUCUAUAUUGUAAACUGUUAUUUGAUAUCAUGAAAAAAUAUGUUCAGUCAUGUGUUCAUCGGUUUUUGCAGUUGCAGAUAUUCUUACUGUGGUAAUUGAUAGGUAAAGUGUGAAUGGAUUUUAUUCCUCUGUCAAAAUUUAAGCAAAUUAUGAAAAAGAGACAAGGUUUUGCUAGAUCAUUUUGAUCAUGUUGACAAAGAAAAUCAAACCUGCCUUGCAUCAAAAUUGAAAUCCAGUAGAAAAUUGUGUUCUAUGUGCUGUUCAGUGGUGUUUAAGAUUUCACGUGUCCAAUAUGUUGUAUGAAAUGGAUAAUUCUCUUUUAACAUUGCCAUAUCAGAUUGAAAAUUAUGUAAUGAAUAUGGGGACAAUAUGUGGCAGUGUAGUUGUCAAUAGAAUCUAGUGUUUGAUCAUCAAGCCCAAGAAGCACUCAGAGCAGUAAUAGAAAGCAGGUGUAGAAGCACACUGUAUCAUUCUAUAGCAUGGGUAUUUAAAAAAAAUACAUGAUGUACAUGUGUGCAGUAUAAAAAAGCGCAGUGCCCGUCAUUUCAGACCAAGCACGUGCCGCUCACCCUUUCGGUCACGUGGCCUCGUGCCUGGUCUGGGGGCGCCUCUGACGUCAUAUGUCGCUUUGCGCCACUGUGGUCGCAAUUGUGCAAUAUACAGAUCAACCAAACGUCACUUCAUCGACUUCAUGAAGGUAAUUAAUAUGUGGUCUGUGAAGUUUUAUGUAAACUACAUCCAUCUUGUGUCGCUGUUGUUAUUGUUCAUGGUGGUGAAAGCAUUGUACAAAGUUGCAUUUUGUAUUGUUAGAUACAAACUUGUAGACCACAUUACGAAACAAUAAAAGUAUUAUUUUUCAAAUUUA